ACUUCCAGCAGCCCCUGAGGGGCAGCCCUCACCCUCAUCACCAUCACGGCGGGGCCGGGGCUGGGGCCGGGGCCGGGGGCGGUCUGAGGGCCGGCCCCGCCGCGGCCCCCUCGGGAGGGGCGGCAUUAAAGCAUUAAGGGGAUGUGCGCCAAGAGCCGACACAAGCACGGCGGCUGCGGAGCGGAGCGGGGCCGGGCCAUGGCGGGGGGCGGCCUCUGGCUGUGCGCGGCCGUGCUGGGCUGCCUGGCCGCCGCCACCGCCCGCCGCCCAGUUCUUGAAUGCCAUCCUGGUGGACAUCAGAUCCUGCAGAGCCCUUACCGAAGUGUCGAUUUUGACUCAUCCUACAUUCAGCAGUCAGCUAUUCAGGAUUUAAUCUGUGACCAUUCCCUAACACCAGGCUGGUAUCGCUUUAUGAUUUUUGAUAAGCCUGCUGAGAUGCCGACCAAGUGUGUGGAGAUGAAUCACUGUGGUACUCAAGCCCCUGUCUGGUUAUCUCUGAGGGAGUCAGAAUCCAUGCCCCAACCUGGUGAGAUCAAGCAGCUAACAGCCUGUGCGACAUGGCAGUUCUUCUUCAGCACUUCAAGAGACUGCUGUCUUUUUCGAAUCCCUGUCAGUGUGAGGAACUGCGGAGACUUCUUUGUUUACCUGCUGCAGCCCACUCAAGGAUGCAUGGGGUAUUGUGCAGAAGGUAAACUGGCUCCUUCAUCAUCUCCAUCUGUGUCACCACCACUACCAGACAUUCCUGAGGUUGUAGCAGAGUUGAUCAAAGGCAGCAUUUACCUAAGGUGUACCUUUGACGUUCCUUUUGCAAACAGCUCGGUUGGAUUCAUUGUGACUUGGUCAAGACUUUCUCCUGAAGGUAUCAAAGAAGAACUGAAACGUGAGACAGCAGUUCAUACAUUCUCACUUCUAGAGCUAGAUGGGAUAAACAUCAGACUUGGAGACAGAGUCUACUGCAGCAGUUCUGCUUUUUUUGUUGAGAAGCCAGGUAUACAAAGUUCUCCAGUUGAGAGCAAGGAAUUUUUUGCUGGCAUUAAGAUACAUCCAGAAACAUAUGAUAUAUCAGAAGAUGGCAAGGAAUACAGGCUGACAAUAGAAAGUAGAAUUCCUAUUCCUUGCCCUGAAUUUAACCAGCUUGAAAGUGACUGUAAAAUAUCACUAACGUUGAGUACUGUUGAUGAAGGUAAAGAGCAGUUAGGUUUAAACUUGGCUCUUUCUUCUUGUCAUGUGGAUCUUCUCCAGAAACCCUGCAAUAAUGGAAUCUGUAGUCAAGCUAUAAUUUAUUUCACUGCUGUGACAGACUUUAUGCAGGAUGGAGACAGAAUUACCAGAAUUGCUGUUGAACCUAUAUCCAGUGAGAAUUUUCUGUGGAAUGGCUAUGUUCCAGAAAGCAUACAGAUUACAGUGAAGGAUCUACCAACUGCCUACUGUUACUCAUUUACUGACCCUCAUAUAAUUACAUUUGAUGGAAGACUCUAUGACAAUUUUAAAACAGGAACAUUUGUUCUCUCUAAGAGCACGUCUCGAGAUUUUGAAGUUCAUGUUCGCCAAUGGGACUGUGGAAGUCUUCACUAUCCAGCAUCCUGUAACUGUGGCUUUGUAGCCAAAGAAGGGAGUGAUAUAAUUGCAUUUGACAUGUGCAGUGGUCAGCUACAUGAGUCACAGCCACACUUAUCCAUAAUAAGUAGAGACACAACAGGAAGCCAUGUCAGAAUCACUGAAUCUUACCUAGGAAGGAAAGUAACAGUUUUGUUUUCUUCUGGAGCUUUUGUUCGUGCUGAUGUGAGUGAAUGGGGGAUGAGCAUAACACUUCGGGCACCCAGUUCAGAUUACAGAAAUACAAUGGGACUCUGUGGCACCUUUGACGGAAUUGCAGAGAAUGACUAUCACACUGCCAGUGGGGUGGAGAUCCCAAACAAUUCUAAUGCUCCUUUUUCUUUUAUUAAGGAAUGGAGAAUUCCACCAGGAGAUAGCUUGUUUGACAGGAUACCACCUUCUUUACCAUCUUCUAGGAAAACAGCCUUUUGUGACUGCACACUUGAAGUUGCUGGAUUAUAUCAAUCAGUGAAUAAACUAGAGGCACUCUCUAAAUCAGAACUUUCUCUGUCUUGCAAAGAAAGUGAAAAUGGAAGAUUUCUUUCUUUGAUACCAGGACUGGAUGUCACUGCUGAGUAUCUCAGUUCUGUUGAGCUUGUCAGAGGCUUAAAGAAACGUUCACCUGCACAUGAAAUGGAUUCCUCUACACUUCUGCAGAGGGAGGAUAAUCAAACCAUACUUCACAAAACUUUAUUAGUAAACACACGUGUCUCUGCAACCUCACAGGUCAGUUCUGGUGCAGAAAGAGAAGAAACUUCAAGAUCAGGAAUGAAAAUAAUUUCUCCCAGUUACAGUAGUAAUCUUCAGGAAAGUCAAUCUAUUACAAGUAGAGGGAAGCGCCAAAAUUAUUAUGAAUAUCAUCCAGUAUUUCUAUUCCAACGUCUUAGCCAAACAGACUUGGAGGGCUACAGGUACUUUUUCCCAGAGGACCAUGCCACUGACACAGACCAGAAGUUUCUUCCUUCUUGGCCCACACCUUCUGGGCUCACUGAGUCUAGAGCUUUGGGACUGUGCCAGCAAGCAAUAGCCAAUUCCAGUAUAGGAAGAUCUUGUGGUGGCCUUCUUGGCAGGCGAAUAGAAGAUGCAAUCAGUAUGUGUGUUAAAGAUUUACUGCUUAAAGAUGACCUCAGAUGGGCAGAAGCUUCUUUAGCUCUUCUAGAGAAUGAAUGUGAAAAGAGAGUUUUAGAAGAAAUAAAUGACAACCAACGGGAGCUUCAAGGUUCUAUUGAGAACCUACUUAUUGCACUGAAAUGUCCCAGUCUCUGUAGUGGUAAUGGAGAAUGUACAGACUGGGGUUGUGCCUGCUUUAAAGGCUAUGGUUCAUAUGACUGCAGCAUACUAUCUGACCAGGCUCCAGAAAUUACGGAACUGGAAAAUGCUGGGCUAUGUGAUAUUCGACAGUAUGACUGCACAUCAGUGAGAGUUUUUGGACAUGGCUUCAGGGAGUCAUCAAGUCUGAAGUGUGAAAUUAUCAAGUUGCAGUAUAGUGAUAGCCAAUGGAUUCCUGGAGAACCUCUAACUAUGUCAGCUGCCUUCCAAAAUGCCAGGACCGUUGACUGCCAGUUACCAAAUGAUGGCCAGCAGUCUGAUGCCAUGGAUCUGAUUGAUGAUAAACCCAUUGCCUGGUGGCAAAUAAAGGUUUCUAAUGACGGAUUCAUUUAUAGCAACUCUAAAACAAUGAUUAUAUAUGAUGGAGCCUGUCAGAUAUGUGAAUCACAGGAAUCUGUGUUAUGUACGCUAAAGGAGAAAACAUGCAACAUAGAUGGACUCUGUUAUGGUGAAGGUGACACAAAUCCAACCAGCCCUUGCUUACUGUGCAGACCUGACAUCUCAAGGUUAACGUGGUCAGUUGUUGAAAACAACCAACCUCCAGAGCUUGAAACUUUUCAGGAUAUGCUGCAGACUUUUUAUGGAGAAGACUUUGUAUAUCAGUUCUUGGCUUCAGAUCCAGAGGGCUCUGCUAUUCUUUUCACAUUGGAGUCUGGUCCUGAAGGUGCCAGUCUUUCCCCAUCAGGUCUCCUGUUGUGGAAAGCUGUGUCAAAGAAUCCCCAUAAAUUAACAUUUUCUUUGACAGAUGACUGCAAUGCGGAAACUAAGGUAGAAAUAGAGGUCAGGGUAAAAUCGUGUGAUUGCCUAAAUAAUGGCUCAUGUGUGACAAACAUUAAUUUCCCACCUGGAAGUGGAAGAUACCUCUGUGUGUGUGUGGCUGGAUUUGAAGGUGAUCUCUGUCAAGUGAAUACUGAUGACUGUAAACUUAACCAGUGUGGUAUUGGCAGAUGUGUGGAUGGAAUAAACAGCUAUUACUGUGAAUGUCCACCUGAACUUCAAGGUAAAAAUUGUCAGGAUGAUGUAGAUGAAUGCCUUUCCAGUCCUUGCUUUCCUGGAGUAUUUUGCUUCAACACUUUUGGUUCUUAUUAUUGUGGUCCAUGCCCAAAUAACCUACAUGGAGAUGGGAAGUCCUGUUACGAAACCUUUGAAGACAUUUCUGCUGAAAGAAAGGAUUCCACAGGAGAAGUUGAAGGUUUUCAACAGUCAUCCUUUGACAAGGUUUUCAGCAUCUCAAGCUAUAUUCCCAAUUCUACAGAUGUCCCUGAGAGAUUUAUUUCUAUAGAAAUGGCCAGUAGAAGCACUCCACCUUCCUACACAGUAAAAACAGUCACCUCUUGGAAGUCAUUUAAUUCGCAGAGAAGUGCUUCUGUACAACCAGCUGGUACUGGAAACGUUGCUCAUGCUCUCAGCACCACCAACAGUCACCUUUCUAACACAGAAGGGAGUUCCUUAGUAAACACUGUGGUGACCACUUCAUCAAGGAGCCAUGCUUUAUCACCUGAGAAGAAAACAAGGGCAGAAGUUGAGCACUACAGUUAUUCUGAGACUCACAAGAAGGCUUCUUUUAGCAGCACAAUAGAUACAAGCAAAGAGCUUUCUUUGCCAAACAAAGUGGUCAGAGGCAGAAAUGCUCACAGGGUUCAGUACCUGUUAGCCAAGCAUAAAGCAAGUCCUUUACCUGUUGUUCUUGUUAAAGUGACUGUCUCACCAAAAAUACUUCCUGAAGAUGCUGAUGAAAUCACGGUUCCUAAAGCAGUCACCUGUGCUGAUUUACCCUGUUUUCCUGGAGUACCUUGUGAGCCAAGUCAGGAUGGAAAUGUCAAAUGUGGUCGUUGUCCUUAUGGUUACUAUGGAGAUGGCUUCACUUGCAGAGCAAUAUGUAGACAAACAUGUGGCAAAAAUAUGGAGUGUGUGGCACCCAAUAUUUGCAAAUGCAAACCUGGUUAUGCUGGUUAUAACUGUCAGACUGCUCUAUGCAGACCUGAUUGCAAAAACCAUGGGAAGUGCAUUAAGCCCAAUGUCUGUGAAUGUCUAUCAGGAUACAGUGGCUCCACUUGUGAGGAAGCACAUUGUAAACCGCCCUGUAAAAAUGGAGGCACGUGCUUGGCCAGAAACCUCUGUACCUGCCCAUAUGGUUUUGUGGGACCAAGAUGUGAUACACUGGUUUGCAACAGGCACUGUGAAAAUGGUGGUGAAUGUCUUGCUCCAGACACCUGCCAGUGUAAACCUGGAUGGUACGGACCUACAUGCAGUACAGCAAUGUGUGACCCUGUGUGUCUUAACGGUGGCUCCUGUACUAAGCCAGAUGUUUGCCUCUGUCCACGUGGAUUCUUUGGUGCCCAGUGUCAGAAUGCUGUCUGCAGCCCACCCUGUAAGAACAGUGGUCAUUGCAUGAGAAACAAUGUCUGUGCUUGUCCAGAUGGCUACACAGGCAGAAGAUGUGAAAAAAGUAUCUGUGAGCCAAGGUGCAUGAACGGAGGAAGAUGUGUAGGGCCAAACGUUUGUUCUUGUCCUUCAGGGUGGGGAGGAAAAAGAUGUAACACACCCAUCUGUCUUCAGGAAUGUAAGAAUGGAGGGGAAUGUAUUGGACCAAGCAUGUGCCAUUGUCCUCCACAGUGGGAAGGAAUCCAGUGUCAAACACCUGUGUGCAGUCAGAAAUGUCUCUUUGGAGGCAAGUGUGUGUCACCUAACGUAUGCUCCUGUCGUCCUGGUUACACUGGACUCCUCUGUGGGAAGAGAAUUCAGGUACAAAGACAUCAUGGUUGAAGAAAAGAAGUAUACCAAUUAAAUGCUGCACGGAUGUAUGAGACUUGAAAAUAGCAAGAAGUUUUGAAGGCAUUCACAGAGUUUAUUUAAAUGAAAGGAAUAUCCAGAACAUUAUUUUAAAAAAUUCAUGUUACAGUCAUGAAUUUUUAAAGAGCUUUAGUACAACAAUCUUGUAUUAAUUGUAACACGUGUUUCUAUACUUUUUUUUUUUUGCUACCUCACAGCCUCUGAUUCUUCACUGGACUCACAGGUUUCAUGAACCAUACACACCCAAAAUUCUUCUGUCUGUUGAUAUAGCCAGCUGGACUAUGAUCUUUCCUUUAUGGGAGUGAGACUGUAAUAUCUGCUGAACAUCUCCAGGAAAGUAGGCAACACAUAAUCACUUGUGAAUGGUACAUUCUGUUUUCAAAUGUUGUUUACAUUGAUAUUAUUUGGCUGCAUACCGAAGGAAAAGCAGAGGCAUUUUUUUCUUCGUCUUGUAUUUGCAUUGCUCUGACUUCCUGGUAGUGAGGAAGGAGGGGGAACCCAAAACAAGACUUAAGUAGUAGCAGUGCAGGCAGGGCCCUAUGUCUCAUGGACAGUCAACCAGCAGCAGAAUAAUUCUGGUUUCAAGGUAACAAGCCUUCUUCAUUACUUAAACACACACACACGUGAGUAUAGGAUGAACGCUGUAUCCAUAAGACUUUUAUGCUUCUGUUUUGAAAUGGCAUUCAAAAAGAUGAGGAAAUGGAGUCUUUCAGAGAAAAAUGACAAUGUUUUACUCAGAGAUGUCCCAUGCUGAACCUUAAAAUAGGAACUGACAAGAGUAGUCAUUUGCUGCACAUCAUGUCAUCUGUAUCUAUCAAAUCAGAAACCAUUUGUAAGCAAUCCAUAUGGAUUUUUUUUUUCACAUUACCAAUUGUUCCAACCAAUUGUUAUCACCAACCACAAGCCAGAGAACUUUUGAACAAAUAAAAUUUUAGUUUUUCUGAAGUUUCUUUCUUUCUUCUACCUUCCCCUAGAGGUGCGAAUUUCUGCACCUCUGCACAAUUCUGCUCAAUUCCUGCAGCAACUGAGUUCAGGUAAUGGACACAAACUUCCCUUUACCAUCUAACUUUACCACUUUGACUUGUUUUGGGCUGUGGGUUAUUUUUCUUACCAAAAAAUAAGCUUAAUUAUUUUCUGAUCUCAUGACCAAUAUCCCGUUUACAUGCACUAAUUCUGAAUGAGAAGAAAAUCAAGCUCAUCUUGCCAUUUAGUGCCACUGUCGAAUGCCAACUGCCAACUCAUAGUUGUUAGAGGAGUUCCGAGCCUAGAUUUUUCCUCACCUUUAGGUAGUCCUCUUAAUUCAUAAUCCAUUUUGCAAAGUAAGUUCCUAUACUUGAAUCUCAGCAUCAUUCAGAAUGAUGCCUGAUGGAUUUCUAAGUGCUUGAUGUUUAUUUCAAAAAUACUUUUGAUCUCCCACCUGCAUUCUAAGUUCCAGUGGUUCAACAGUUUUUUUGUUUGCUUGUUUUGUUUUUUGUAAUCCAGUAUCCACGUGGCUGGUAGCCAGACAUGCUGGGAACUGUUCUAUUAUUUAAAACCUACUUCACUUGAACUGUUUCCUUUUUCACAGCUCACAAUGAUCUCUAUGAACAAAACCUGACUAGCUUUUGGAACUGAUGCUUCAGGAUGAAGCCCUGAAUACACAGUAUCUGUAAAACAUAGGCACAAAGAUAAUGCGUAGGCUUGUCUUGGAACAACCCCUACUCCAUGUGUCAUUUAGCUACAGAGUUAAGGUAACACCUGUCAGGAACAGUAUUUGGUUAAUGAUUUUGUACAAACCUCCAUUCACAAAGCUGACCCAAUACAGAUGGCUUUCUAGGAUUUCAGGCUGAAUAAAGUUUUUUAAAAAUCACAAUAUUUAGUAUUUCCCAUUAAUUUUCAAUGUUUCUAGCAGUGGAUAUUAUUUCUUCUGUGUCUUCAAAAUGCAUGCUGAGCAAAAAAAAGUAUUUUUGCUACACUGGUUAAAAAUUACAUGCUCCAUGCAAAGUUAAGCUGUGUUCCAAUAAGCACGUGAAACAGAAAAAUUACUAGUAUGUGCAUAGAGACAGAUAAUUACUAGGCAGUUUUGUAGUACAUGAAACUUUUGUUUCUGGAUUGUUCAUCAUACACAUGGAAUAGAAUUUGUUUAUUGUAAUUUGAAAAGCAGAAUGCAAUAACGUUGCUCCGUUUAACGUAAGCUUCAUCAGCAGAAGCACGUAAAUGGCUUCUGUUAAUGAAAUUGUUCUAAAACUGAUCAAAAAUUAGGCCAAAAAGAAUUUAAGGACACGGAAUGGGGGUUGCAGGGGUUUACUGCAGGAGUUGCCACAGUACCAGUCAGAUGGAAUAAAGGGUAACCUGUGCCAAACAGUUACCCUUUGUUAAUGGUGCUGAUUCUUAGCACGUUAGCCAGGUUGCAGUAACAGGAAAGGGUUUUUGAAGAAGUAAGUCAUUGUUAUAGUCUGCAUAUGUCGGAGUUCUUCCAUCAGAUUUGGAGUCAGAAGUCAGUAGGUAGAGAAAAAGUGGAACAAACAAGAGGAAAAAUAAAUCAAUAUGGUAUACCGGAAUACUGGUCAUUUCACUGAACUCUGUCUUUAAAUACUGAAGAUACCUAUCCAAUGUACAGCAUCCGUCAUCCAAUGUACAGCAUCUGGCUGGACUAAAACCGUUGUGCAAACCAGUAGAAACUCUCCUAAGCACAGAUUGAAUUUUACCCAAGAUGUUUAAAAUGCUGUAUGAUGAGUAUUUUCGGAAGGAAGGAGACACUCAUAUCACAGAAUAUACCACAAAUCUUAGCAAGGACUCACCUUCGUACAUUUAUGUCUAUACUGGUUAAGACUAAAAAAAAAAAAAAAAAAAAGGAAAAUGGUCCACAAUUACUCUUUUUAUAGAAGUUAAUUAUAUAUUGUCUUUUCUGAGAAUAGAAAGUGAUUUAACAUUUCCACCUAGCAAAAGCAAACCCUCAAAGAAGAAUCAGUACAAACACUAACAUAAAUAAGUAUAAAAGCUUUAGCUACCUAAGAAAUUGGAUAUAUCCAACUCCAUUACUUGCCCAAAUGGAAAAAUUCAAAGUUUAAAUUCUCACUAAAACAAUAACACUGGGGUAUAUAAACAGAAUCACACAGAAAUGUUUAUGUUAGAAAGUAUUUUCAAGACUUAAGAUGUUUCUGCUCUUUCUCUUGUAAUAUCACAUGGCAUUGUUGGGUUAUUCUGUUCAACUUUCACAAACAGCUCAGUUUAGAAAAAUUAUUUGCUGAAACUCUUUGUCAAUAAAGGAUAUUUCACAGAUAAACCAAGCAGCUCCAUUCUUGGUACAAACACUGACAAUAGAAGAGAAAAUAUAAACAGUAAACUGCAAAUAUAGGUACAUUAAAAAGAAACACUUCUCAUCCUUUCAUGCACACUCUAAAAUGACAGAAUAUCAAAAAUGCAACCAGCAGACCUCCCCUACAAUUUUCCCAGUCAUUUUAAUGAACAUCAGAGCAUCUUAUAAGGUGUUGUAGUUAGCUCCAAUAAAUAACCUGUUCUGUCUCGUUUUUCUUGACCUUUGAGCUGUAUGCAUAACUCUGUUCACAGGAAGAUACGCGUAGCUCCAAAAAUCACAUGCUGUAACUGGUAAGCAUGUUCAACCUUCCAGUGGGUGGGAGAGGAUGGAGAAACAAACAAAAGAAAAUGAGCACUGACAGCUCUUCAAGCAGAUAUAUGUGGGACCAUAGAAACAAUCAUUUGGGGACAUGGAUGUCAUUUGUAAUACAUUAUGGUUCUGUUCUAUUUCAAGAUAACUACGAGGAAAUUCACUUUUAAAUUGAUUUAAAAUACUGUGGAGAUCUAAGUGAUUUUUCUUAUAAACAACAGAAUGAAAAGAAAAAGCAAAUCCUUCAGCCAGCAGAUGGUGCUACAUUCAAGCUAUUUCUAAAAUAUGCCAUCACACUUCGGGUGUUCCAUCAAAUUACUGCUUACUUCACUUUAGUCAUUCCUCAACAGGGAACUAUUUAAAUCAGCAGUUGUUCUGGCAAGCUCAGAACAUGAAUUAAAGGUCUGCUUCACUGACUGUUCCUCGCCUUAUAUUCCUAAUGAUAUUAGUAUCUCUUUUCAGUUCUAACCACCAUUAUUGUCACUUUUGGCUUUAUUAUUAGAAGCCAGGCUUUUCGGGACCAGAGCUGAGAUACACCUUCUUGCAUUUACAUACUGCUUAUUUACUGUGAAACCUUGGGUCUGAUGCUUUUUUUUUUUUUUAUUAUUAUUUAUUCACUUCCCUGCAACCAGUAUUUCAUCUGAGGUAUUCAGCUUCACUCCUGAAUUUCUCAAUUAGGGCCUGAUUACUGCAGUGUGCUGUGAUAGACACAGCAUCUCAUCAUCAUAUAUCCUACUCCUGAACUGUUGUUCCAUGCAUGAAAAUCACAUUUUUCAUCAGCAGGUCUGAAAUAUCCAGUGUAUCAUAGCAAAAGCAGCACAAAACCAUACAGUCCCCUUACUCUGUCCCAUACCUCUGGCAACAAAACCUCCACAGGACCUGUAGCAGGUUUCAUCUGAACCAAAACACAACAGCCUCCAAAGCACAGGAGGAGAAAGGCUUCUCAGCUACACAACAGAGCAAAUGCUUCAUAGUGGAAAAAAGCAGCCCCAUGACCUAUAACACAGUCUUUGCUCUGCCCGCAGUAUGCUUUAUCUCUUUUAGACACAUUUGGUAAAGGAGGAUGGACCAUUUCUUUUGCUUCUGCUCAGUGUUGGGUAGCUUGUGAUCCCUGGGGAAACAAGUCCAUGUACUUCACUCUGCCUAUGAAGGGUACAUGUUUUGAUAGGAGAAUUAAUUCACAGAUACAAUCUUCUUUUAUCAUAUGGAUUAAAAUAAUGCAUAGUUGAAUAGAUCAAAAAAUGCAAAGCUGAAACUCUCCCACUGAAAAUUUCAUGUCACCUAGAACACAAUGAAAAUCAAUCUAAAAAAAAAGAUUUGGACAUUAUUUAGAAAAUUGCAUGGUUCAACUUGCAUGUUUUGGCAAAAUCUUCCUCAACUGUAGCCUUUGAGAAACAGCACAGCUGAACCAUGGAGCAAUGCCUGUUGAAGUCUGUCAGAUCUACAGCCCACCCAGAAUGCUGCAAAACCUAAAUGAAGCCAGACUGGAGCAUGGCCAGAAGGCAAACCUUGGCAUCCUCCACACAGGUGAUUCAUGGCAAACAAGGCUUUUCCUUGCUGCCAGCCUGUAGCCCCCUAUUUUGUUGCUUCUGCAAAGACACAGCCUUCAGCAGAAAUGUAUCAUCAACAUCUACAUCUCCAGAAUGGAGAUAAAGACAUUUCCCUAUAUUGCUAGAAUAAGGAAAAGAAAUAAAUUGGAAGCACAGAGAUAAUCAGAUACUACAAUAGUAAAAGUAGUCAAGAUAAGGAUUUUGUCAGAGUAUCUGUAAGGAAUAAGCUUUCAGAAGGAACUGUCUGAAGAAGUAUUUUUUUUCUUUUGUUUUAAAUAAGGCUUAACUGAUCAAAAUCCAAAUCUGAUUGGGGGUGAGGGGCAGGAAGCACACAAAAAGCAAGGAUCAGGGUUUUAAUAAAAUGCUUUGCUCUUUGCUGUUAUUCCACAGAGAUGCAAACUCUGCAAGCUUCAUCUUGCAA